UGAGGAAGGUCAUUUAGUAAAUGAGUGGUAAAGGUGCAGGGCAGGGGAUGGGCUGAAUGCCACAUACUCUGUUUGCAUGCAGUAAACCCUCAGUGCAAUUCUGACAACUCCGUCUUCUGACAACUAAGUCCAUCUAUCCGAAGAACUGUCUCACAGGAAAGCAGUUUCUGUUGCUUACUUUUCUUGUGUGCUUACUGGGUCGCUUCUGGGUAAAUAUUGUAAAACUGAGGUAAAAAUACUGGUUUGGUGUAUUUCAGGACAAAGAGUGGAGGUAAAACAUGGAUCAUUCAACUAAAAAUAAAUCAGCCUACAAGAAAAAAGUUGCUGUGGUGGGAGGUGGUCUGGUUGGAGCCCUAAAUGCAUGUUUUUUUGCGAAAAGAGGAUUUGAGGUUGCAGUGUUUGAAUCUCGAGAAGAUAUUCGCAGUGCCAAAACAGUAAAGGGCAGAAGCAUAAAUCUAGCUCUCUCACACAGGGGCAGACGAGCUUUAAACCAUGUUGGAAUGGAAGAAAAGGUUGUCUCCAAGGGCAUUCCAAUGCAUGGUCGCAUGAUCCAUAGUCUGAAUGGAAAACGGUCUUCUAUACCAUAUGGAAAGAAAGGCCAGUACAUCCUCUCAGUAGGCAGAGCCAACCUCAAUAAGGAUCUGCUAACAGCGGCUGAGGCAUAUCCAAAUACAGAACUGCACUUUAAAUACAAGUUGCUUGACUGGAGUCCAGAAACGGGGAUCAUGACCUUUCUUGGGCCAGAUGGUACUGAAAAGGAAAUUCAGGCAGAUCUAAUAGUUGGCUGUGAUGGUGCCUUCUCUGCCACCAGAAAACAAUUUCUGCGCUGUAGUCGAUUUGAUUACAGCCAGACCUACAUCCCACAUGGAUAUCUGGAGCUCACUAUGCCUCCUAAAAACGGUGAUUUUGCUAUGGAGCCCAAUUUUCUCCAUAUCUGGCCAAGAAACACAUUCAUGAUGAUUGCUCUGCCCAAUUUGGACAAGACAUUUACCUGCACACUUUUCAUGCCCUUUGAAGACUUUGAGAAGCUCACCACAGAAGAUAAAAUGAUGAACUUCUUUCAGAAAUUUUUCCCUGAUUUAAUCCCACUUAUAGGAGUUGAUGCUUUAAAGAGAGACCUUUUCCGACUGCCUGCACAGGCCAUGGUGUCAGUGAAGUGCUCUCCUUACCAUCUGAUGGACAAAUGUGUUCUGAUGGGAGACGCUGCUCAUGCUGUGGUCCCGUUUUUUGGUCAGGGCAUGAAUGCUGGCUUUGAGGACUGCCUUGUUUUUGACGAGAUCAUGGAUAAGUUUGAUGAAGACAUUGAUGCAGUUCUCCCAGAGUACACCCGCAUACGUGCACCUGAUGAUCAUGCCAUAGCUGAUUUGGCUAUGUACAACUAUGUAGAGAUGCGAGCACAUGUAAAUUCUAAGUACUUCCUAUUCCGCAAGUACUUGGACAGGGUUCUCCAUUUUUUCAUGCCAAAAACCAUCAUCCCGUUGUACACAAUGGUCACCUUUACUAGAACACGCUAUCAUGAAGCAGUGAUCCACUGGCAAUGGCAGAACAAGGUGAUUACUAGGGGACUGUUCCUCUUUGGGUCAGUGUCUACAGCUGGAUCAAUUUAUCUACUAAUCAAAUAUUUUCCCAAAAACUUCAGUGGUAUUGUGGAGCACCUAUGGAACCAAGCUUCUGCCCUUAACUGGUUCCAGAAAUAAGAGCCUUAAAGUGAAUGUGCAGGAUUCACCAGGAUGACAUUUUGGAGGAUAACAUCCUGUAAAGUAAUUUAGCUCUCAUUGUGAACCCUAGCUUUGGUUUGUUCAUCUAAGAUUUAAUCUUUUCUUUCAAACUGUGAAGUACCUAUAGCUAAAUGAUUUAUAGCAAAUCAGUUUUAAGCAGUAAUUUAUUCAGUGGUGCAAUUCUAUUCAGAAAUUAUGUAUUUUAUAAUGUUUUGAAUAAGAUUGGAUUCAACUGGAUUUCAUUACCUGUCAUGAUUUAUAACAGCCUAAUUAAUUAGAAUAAUUGUCUAUGUCUUUGUCUAUGUCUGAUGUGGAACACGUGGAAUAAAACAUUGAUGUAAGACACAAAUAAAAGUGACAAGCACAAAAAUACAUACAAA